AAAAAGCUAUCGGAGUCUCAAUCACAGAGCGAUCACUUGGAAAACCAAUUACUGAAACUCAGUGACAAAAAACGCCAAUCAAUCAGUCCAUUGACGGCACCGGUAGUCGAGUCCACGCAGUCGUCGUCCCAGUCGUCGGACACCGACCCCAUACAGGACCAGUCACUGCAACUCCUGUUGGCCUCCAAGGGACAGGUGUUCAACACUACCGGCGCUGCGACCGAGUCGUCGACACAAGUGGCCAAACAGUUAGUGGACGUGAAAGCCGUUAAUAAACGACUGGAACAGGAGUUGAGUAAAAGGGUGUCGGAGCUCAAGGAGUUGUCCCAGAAGUACGAUCGGCGUAAACAACGGCACCGGGAGAUGAUCUCUAGGCUUAGACAAUACAUGGAAAGAGAGAAUAAAGAGUUACAAAAAGUGUUGAAUUCAUUGGACUUUAAGUACAAAUUGGCUGAAGAAGAGCUCCAAAAGCACCGGAAGUACUGUCAUAUCCAAGACAUCUCUGCCAUCAAUGACUUGAGUCCGACGUAAAUGA